UCGUUUCUAAAGGAGGGGGUAAUGUUGCGACAUAGACGCUCGUCGAAUCAUGCGCCCUAUUAAACUCGUUAUUCUGGUUUGCCCAGUUUCAAUUAACUCGUUAAAAUAACUUGUUUAUGUCCUGUUUGUUGACUUGUUUAUGCCUGUUUUGUUGAUAUUGCUAUUACCUAGUGCUAUCCAUAUUUGGUUAUCGUAAGACUUGUGUACGCUGGUACCACCCCUUUCGCGCUGUUAACUUUACCUUUUUUGGUAGUAAUUUUUAUGUUAGUAUUCUUGUCACGCCGUUUUAUAGUUAGGAUGUUUUCCAAGUUGUCAGUCGAUUCUUGUAGCCGAAAGUAGAAGACAUGCCGCGCAUGUAGACGUUUUUAGAAGCAAAGAAAGACGUAAGACGAAAAAGCCAAAUUGCUGUUGUUUUCUGAGGUCGGAUACUCCUGUGUGUGACAAUUAUUACCAUGGCUGAUAAAGUGAAAUUCCAAGAGAAAGAGGUAGAGAUGGAUCAAAAGGUGGGGAAAGAUAUGAUGAAGGUCAAUUCAAUCGACGAAAUCCUGCCAUAUGUUGGGGAAUUUGGUAAAUAUCAAAUCAUGAUGGUGUCCAUGCUUUCCACUAUGAUCCUCGCUUCUGGUUUUCCAAUUCUUAUAAUGUACUUUGCUGGGCAGAAUCCUGCUUGGAAGUGUGUCCAUAACAGUACAGUUUGUAGCUUGAAUGGUACAUUUGAAAGUGGAGAUGAUAACUAUGAAUUCAGAUGUUCAAUUCCAAGAAAAGACUGGCAGUUCACCCAGCCAAAGGACUACUCAAUUGUUACACAGUUUGACAUCUACUGUGAUAAUGAAUACAUGAUUUACCUGAGCACAUCACUCCUGUUUAUUGGCUGGGGAAUCGGGUCUUUCAUUUUUGGUUGGUUCGCAGAUAGGUAUGGCCGCUCUAAGGUGCUGAAAGUUUCCGUGUUUGGUAUCGUUCUGGUUGGCUUUUUAAGUGCUUUUGCACCAAACUAUGCAGUGUUUGCAGUCUGUCGUUUGCUAAUAGGGGUAUUCAAGCCUGGGACAAUUAUUGGAGCAUGCAUUGUCUCUCUGGAGCUUGUUGGCCCAGCUUAUCGUCCAUUGAUUGGCACUUUAUUAUGGAUGCUGUUUGCCGUGUCACUCGUCAUAACUGGCAUCAAGGCGUAUUUCAUAAGGACAUGGAAAACGCUGAUAAUUGCCUGCUCAGCGCCAUACAUGCUUGUCUGCGUGUUCUUCUUUUUCAUACCAGAAUCGAUGCGUUGGCUUCGCUUCCAGGGACGCCACAAAGAAGUGAUUGAUAUUCUAAAGAAGGCAGCAAAAAUAAACAAAAAGACUCUCCCAGCCGAACUAGAGCUUGAGCCACUACCAAAGGCAGAUGUUGAUGAGAAAAAGCACGGAAUCCUUGAUUUAUUUAGGCCCCUGAAGAUGUUUCGUUUUUCUGCUGCUCAAGGUGUAGCAUGGUGUGCAAAUGCAGCCGUUUACUAUGGUGUGUCAUUGGGAGUUGGUGACCUUAGUGGCGAAAUGUAUCGGGACUUUAUUUUGGCAAUGUUGAUUGAGAUCCCUGCCCUUAUACUGUCAAUAUUUUGCAUGAACAGAAUUGGAAGAAAGAAAUCGGUGAUCGUUUCGUUAGCACUUGCAGGAAUAUUCUGUUGCAUUGUUGGAGGAUUGCUGAGUGCAGAUAACAAACAAACAAAGUGGAAGGCCCUUACAGUAACAGCAGGUUUGCUAGGAAAGUUUUGGAUCACGUGGUCGUUUAACUCUAUAUACGUCUGGUCUAUGGAACUGUACCCAACAAGCAUCAGGGGUGAAGGAAUGGGCUUCCUACAAAUAACCGCUCGUGUUGGAUCGGCACUUGCUCCCUGGAUUGCAAAAUGGUUGAGAGUCUUUCACGUCACGAUACCGUUUUCUCUGAUGGGUGCACUGUCUCUGUUAAGCUCCGUUCUGCUUCUGAAUCUGUCUGAAACUAAGGAUCGCGAGACAUUGGAAACUGUCAACCAACUAUUCAAGUUAGAUGCAAAAAUGAACAAGGAUGCCUUGAUCUUGGAUAACACUACGAAAACUGCCUCCCAAAAUGCAUGAAGAUUGUUGCACGGUUCUUGUGUCGAUCAUGUGUUAACCUUUAAGGUGCACUACAUAUCAUUUUAAAUAUAAUACCUUGUGCGAUAUACAGACCUUGAUUUGUUUAUAACAUAAGUAACAAAGUGGUCAGGUGACAGUCUCAUGAUAAAUUUUUUUAGAAUGUUGAAUGCCUUGAAUUAGUGCUGUAGUUCAAAUUAAAAGGGGGCUCUUGCUCAAAAUUUUACGAAAAACAAUAGCAAAAUUAGAAUUUUGUCAAUAUUUGGCAUCAACAAGGGGGGCUCAGCCGACCUGAGCCCAUCUAGCACUAUACCCCUGCCUUCAAUCGAUAGGAGCACGUUCUAAUUCAUCAAUAACAGCACUCCACCAUACUGUUUCGGCUGGGAAAUUUUUGGGACAUUUACAGGCGAAAAUCUCUCUAUCUGACCUGUACUAAAUCUUAGUACUCGCAGGGACAGAAAGUAACGUUAAAAAUAUAUCUCUUAGGCAUGAAAGUCUUAAAUGAAAAAAGAACCUAAAGAAAUGGGAAUAGUAUUUUCUGUACCUUCCCUGGAGGCAAUUGUACCUUCAAAGAAAAUCUAAGCAUAUAGCUCAAACCACUUGCGUUUGAACUCAAGUCUAUCAGACAUUACAACUUACUUCUUGGAUGCAAAUCAGUUACUUAGAUAUUGUGUGUAUGUGUCACUGCCUAUUUUCCUUUCAAGGUUAUUUCUAUCAAAGACCUAUGUAUGCUUAAGUUCCCUUUGAAUCCCUAGCUCUAAGCCGUAUUUGUUAUCUUCCCCAAUUAGGGGUUAUAGAAGUUUUUGUUAGAUCCAUGUCCGAAUUUUGGUGUAAAAGAUUGUAAUUUUGCUUGUAGAACCGGACAGUAUAAUCAUAAGUCAACACAACUUUUUGCAAAAUGGCAUUUUUUUUACAUUUCACACUAUAAUUACUUUAUCCUUGUAUCGUAUCUUUUAUCUUAAAAAACAGAGAUUAUUAAUUUCUUGCUGCUUUUUCAUUGUUUCAUGAUUUAAACAUUGUAUUGUCGACGGAAACUGUACUUAUCAUCAAAUGAAAAUAAAUUGAAAUAUAAGUAUGGUAUCAGAUACAAUAUCAUCGUUUUUGCUUUAGACAUUGCGUAGCCAAUAUGUUGUUUUUCCUUAAAAAUUUAAUGUCUUAAACACAUCGAUGCUAUUGUUCGUUGGAUAAGUAAUACUUUAUAAAGCAAUGAUGCUUGGGAUAAAUUAUAGGGUUGUCUUUUAAUUUCCCCCAAGUAUCAUCAUCCCAACAAGUAUCAUCAUUCCUAAUUUGUUCGAAACUGAUUUUUUGUCAUUACAGAUAUACUAAUGAAUAUGUUUUUUAUUUGAUGGGUAGGAUAUAUUUACUUUUUAUUAUCGUUUUAAACAUUCAAUUUUGGGCGUAGUAGCAUAACUUUUAUCUGAUAAAAGAUCGUUGUUAAUCAUGACUGAUGUAAAAAUUGAUUUAAAGAAAGAUGCAGCUAUGAUAUAGAAA